UCCUUGUCUAUCCUUUUUAUCUUGGGACUCAUAGCUCUGAUCACUAUGGGACAGCGAAGUGGUGGGACAAAGCCCACCAAAGGAUGAUAUUCCGGUAAAUUAGAUAUUCAGAUCUCUUUGGCUUCGGUGGGCGCUGACUGGAUGCAUGCAGACUAGCUGUGCAGUCUGCAGAUAAAUGUGGGCCAAAAUGUUCUUUGUGUUCUUCCUGGGACUCUACCUGGCGACAGGUGCGUUUCUCUCCUCGGUGAGUGCGUGCCCGUCACAGUGCAGCUGUUUUUUUCACAACCUAAGUGAUGGAUCUAAGGCCAGGAGUGUCAUUUGCAACGACCCUGAGAUCACCCUUGUGCCUUCCAAUUUCCCCGUGGACACGUCCAAGCUGCGUAUCGAGAAAACAGCCAUCGAACGGAUCCCAAGUGAAGCCUUCAACUACCUCCGAAAUCUGGAGUUCCUUUGGAUGUCCUUUAACGUGCUGUCCGCUCUCAACUCGGACAGUUUCCGUGGGCUGCUAGAUCUGGAGGAGCUGAGACUGGAUGGGAAUGCCCUCACUUCGUUCCCCUGGGAGUCUCUUAUGGAUAUGUCCAGCCUCAGGCUGCUGGACUUGCACAACAACCGGUUGACCUCAGUUCCCGCAGAUGCCACAAUGUAUAUAAAAAACCUGACCUACCUGGAUCUGUCCAGCAACAACCUUCUGACUGUCCCGGCCGAAGUGCUAGCCACUUGGCUAACAGUUAAAUCUUUGCAUGGCCCAGAUAGCUCCAAAAUGAUACUUGGUCUCCAUGACAACUCCUGGGUGUGUGACUGCCGCCUGUACGACCUGAUCCAGUUCCAGAAGUCGCCAACGCUCUUCGUGGCAUUAAUCGACACGCGCCUCCGCUGCUCCGCCCCCGAGAGCCUGUCAGGUGUUCUGUUCAGCGACGCCGAGGUGCGGAGGUGCCAGGCGCCGCGCAUUCACACAGCAGUGGCGCGAGUCCGCAGCGCCUUGGGAAACAAUGUGCUUCUGCGCUGCGGGACCAUCGGCAUUCCCAGUCCUGAUCUGGCCUGGCGGAGGGCAGAUGGGAAAGCCCUGAAUGGGACAGUCCAGCAGGAGAACUCCAAGGAAGGCAUCGUCUGGUCAAUCCUCAGUGUCCCGGCCGUGUCCUACCGUGACUCAGGGAAGUAUGUCUGCAAGGCCAAUAACUACGCCGGCAAUGCCGAGGCCGUCAUCUCCCUAGUUAUCUCUGAAGCACCCCCAAAACCCGACAACAACAACAACCUAACCAGCGUGGUUGCUGCUGCCGUAAAAAAAAACAAAGUCAAGAAACCCAAUGGGAUAGGGAAAGCAGCAUACCAGGAGAAACUGGUGGCUAGGGUAGGGGUUCCCACCACCAGCCCUCCACCCCCACUUGUUGUUUUGGACUCCAGCCCUGCGCCUGAGGGUGUGGCAAAUAGAGCCAUCCCUGGACCAACCACAUUGCCUAGUCCAGACGGACUCCUGGAGCUGGAGAAAACCAACCUGAGCAACCUGGCCCAGGCCCAGUAUGACCCGGACCGGAUAGUUCGCUCUGUCAAGGUGUUGGGCGACACAGAGAACACCAUCACCCUGAACUGGCGGGCACCCAAGGCCAAGAACACCACAGCUUUCAGCGUGCUCUACGCUGUAUUCGGUGAGCGGGACAUGCGCAAGAUCAAUGUGGCGGCGGGCCAGAAUCGCGUCUUCAUCGAGGGCCUGGUGCCCAAGACCAAGUACAUUGCUUGCGUUUGCGUCCGGGGCCUGAUCCCCAAGAAGGAGCAAUGCGUCAUCUUCUCAACCGAUGAGGCGGCCAGCGCAGCCGGCACCCAGAAGCUCAUCAACGUCAUUGUGAUCACGGUGGCGUGCGUCAUCGCCGUGCCGCUCACCAUCAUCGUGUGCUGUGGCGCACUCAAGAGGCGCAUCCAGAAGAUGUGGGGCAAGAAGUCCAAGGACAUCCAGGAUUCGUACGUGACUUUUGAGACGCUGUCCCCCGGGACCAAGGCUAAAGGGUUGGAUGGUGAGUACCUGACCAGACUCAACCCUGAGGAGUCCAACCGACUGCUGUCGGCCCGCUCCAGUCUGGACUCAGAGGCCACGGCUAAGAUAGAGGGACAGCCCAACGAGUACUUCUGCUGACAUCAUGCUCCACCUCCCUCCCCAUGCUUAUCACCCCCGCUCACACACUCUGGCUCAACACAGCCCCACACACACACACCUCAUCUACAGCAUAGCCCCACACACACACCUCAUCUACAUCAUUGCCCCACACACACGUCUCAUUCUCACACACCUCACUCUCAUCACAGCCCCACGCACAUGCCUUAUGCUCCCCACAGCCCCAUACAUACACCUCGUGCUCACCAUAGCCUCACACACAAACCUUGUCCCCACAUACCUAAUCCUUUCUCUCAACCUCAAAUUCAGCAAAGUCCCACAGACACAUUUCCUCAUCACCACAGCCCCAUACACAAACCUCACACUCUCCCUGAGGUUCACCACAGCCCCACACACACACCUUGUCGAAAUGCUCACACUCACCACAGUCCCACACACACACCUCGCUGUCUCCCUUUCACUUACGGUAGCCCCACACACAUAUGUGGUUCUCUCCCUUUCUCUCACCUUAGCCGCCCACAAACACACUCACACAGGGCACAGGACUCUCUCCCACCUCUCCACCCACGUUGGGCUCCACCACAUUGGGGGUUCUAUCAGAUGACGCUUGGACAAUGCACCAUCAUGGAAAUAUCAGUUCUGACAUUAAAUUAUUAAUAUUUUUUUUAGAUCUGAAAUGUAUAGUAUUUCAACAGAUAAUUUGAAUAUUGUAAUGAGUUUUUACACAUUUGGGGGACUAUUAGUUAUAAAUGAGCCCACAAACAAGGCCCCAGAGUAUUUCAUUCAAAUACAUUUAUCAUAGAUAAAGGACAAUUCCACCCCUUUAUCAACAUUUAUUAUGCUGUUAGUAUAUAUGCACUACUGUAAGAUUUCAUACAUUUUGUGAUGAUCUGUCGUUUUUGUUAGUCAUACUGCAUGAUUUCUAGUUUUUGUCAUUUUGAAGCUUCUGCAUUGCCCUCGUCUACAGCAUUCUACAAUUCCCAGGGUGCAUUUUGUCUCCCAUGAUGCAAUGCUUUGCCUAGUUAGCCUGCAGUUAGUUUAGCUAGCUUGCUAUCAAGCCCAGAUGCAUCUUAGUCUAAAUACAUUGCCUAUGUCAUAAGUUAUGAUUGCAUUUCACAUCACUUUUGGGUUGUAAAUAUAUUAUAAUGCUUGCCUGAAUGUCAUAGGGGCCGAUUCCGACCAGAGUAAGUGCGCAUAAAUCUUCCCUUACACUUUACCCCCCCCCCCACGCUAGAAUAAAAAUAUAUACUUUGGGGUACAUAAUCUGUUAGACAAAAUUGUCGUAGUUACAAAUCAGGUCACCCUACCAAACUUCCCUGCUAAAACAUACUGUAGGUCUGUCUGAUGAGACCGCCUACAGGGAGGAAGUGAGGGCACUCGGAGUGUGGUGUCAGGAAAACAACCUGUCAAUCAACGUCAACAAAACAAAGGAGAUGAUCGCGGACUCCAGGAAACAGCAGAGGGAGCACCCCCCUAUCCACAUCGGCAAGACAUUAGUGAAGGUGGAACGUUUUUUUAAGUUCCUCGGCGUACACAUCACGGACAAACUGAAAUGGUCCACCCACACAGACAGUGUGGUGAAGAAGGCUCAACAGAAAUUUGGCUUAUCACCUAAACCCUCACAAACCAUUACAGAUGCACAAUUGAGAGCAUCCUGUCAGGCUGUACCCUCCAGGACACCUACAGCACCCGAUAUCACAGGAAGGCCAAAAAGAUCAUCAAGGACAACAACCACCCGAGCCACUGCCUGUUCACCCCGCUAUAAUAAAAAAGGCAAGGUCAGUACAGGUGCAUCAAAGCAGGGACCGAGAGACUGAAAAACAGCUUCUAUCUCAAGGCCAUCAGACUGUUAAACAGCCACCACUAACAUUGAGUGGCUGCUGCCAACACACAGACUCAACUCCAGCCACUUUAAUAAUGGGAAUUGAUGGAAAUUGAUGUAAAAUAUAUCACUAGCCACUUUAAACAAUUCUACCUAAUAUUAAAAUAAUGUUUAAAUACCCUACAUUACUCAUCUCAUAUGUAUAUGUAUAUGUAUAUACUGUACUCUAUAUCAUCUACUGCAUCUUUAUGUAAUACAUGUAUCACUAGCCACUUUAAACUAUGCCACUUUGUUUACAUACCCUACAUUACUCAUCUCAUAUGUAUAUACUGUACUCAAUACCAUCUACUGCAUCUUGCCUAUGCCAUUCUGUACCAUCACUCAUUCAUGUAUCUUUAUGUACAUAUUCUUUAUCCCUUUACACUUGUGUGUAUAAGGUAGUAGUUUGGAAUUUUUAGGUUAGAUUACUCGUUGGUUAUUACUGCAUUGUCGGAACUAGAAGCACAAGCAUUUCUCUACACUCGCAUUAACAUCUGCUAACCAUGUGUAUGUGACAAAUAAAUU